AUUAGCAGCUAGCCAGUGAGCUAGCUUCACAACACAAACCGGGUCACGUCAAAACCGAGCUCACCAUCCGUUUUCCCCGAAGCCACCAUGGAUUUAGAUAGCAUCCUGUCGGAGCUUAACACGGCCGACGAGGAGGAAAGCGAGAAGCUUCUUCUGCAGUAUAAUCGAGAGAACAGCCUCACCUUCAAAUUUGAGCAAAGGGAAGAAACCCUGCGCAGUAAGCUGUGUCAGAGUGUGUUGACCGUACUCGGGAGGCAGGUGCGGCCCAGCUGUCAGAAAACAUGUCUAGAGACGCUCCGCAUCUUGUCCAGAGACAAGCACGUCCUCUCGCCUGUCGCCACCAGGGAGGGCAUGCUGAUCCUGGGGCGGAUGGCGAAGCUGCAGACCGGAGAGGAAGCAGGUGACAACCAAAAGAACUCUCAGGGCGACACCCGGUCAGACGAGGAGGAGAGGGUGGUGGUGGAGGCGUUGAAGUGCCUAUGCAAUGUGGUUUUCAACAGUCCCGCGGCUCAGCAGGUCAGCGUCGAGGUGGAGCUGGCUCAGGGUCUUUGUAAUAACCUGCGUACAGCCGGCACAUGGAGCCACGAGGUCGGCCUGUUCACGCUGCGCCUUCUUUUCCUGCUGUCUGCCCUGAGAGCGGAUUUGAGAGGGGUGUUAAAGAAAGAAUGGGAUGCUGUGAAACUCCUGACCGAGGUGCUGGAGCACACCUUGGACGUGCGCUGGGUUGGUCCCUAUGAAGCGGCCCCUCCUGACCCGCAGUCCCUGUGCAUGCCUGCAGAAGACAACGAUCGAGCAAUGGAGGCGCUCAAGGCCUUGUUCAACCUCACGCUGUCUUACACGCGUGGUGAGGAGGAUGACCACCAGUUCCGACUCAUAGUUGCCAUCCUGCGUCAUCUGUUGAUGCAGAAGACUGAAACUGAGGAGAAAACCGAGGAAGCACACAGCCAUUCUGUCAACUUGCUGAAUAAUCUCCCGGUGUCCUGCCUCGACGUGCUGAUUGACCUUCCUAUCCAGGGAGGACAAGAGAAGUAUGGAGGAAAAAACAUGGAUGCAGUCCAGGUGUUACUAGACUUCAUGGAGAAGAGGAUCGACAAGCAGGGCUCCAACUACAAAGAGGGUUUAACUCCGGUGCUCAGCCUUUUGACUGAAGGAUCCAGACACCACAGGGAGAUCCGCAGAUAUAUCAAAGCUCAGGUACUUCCCCCGUUGAAAGAUGUGAUGAUCAGACCAGAGAUUGGCAGCGCCGUUCGAAAUAAGCUGGUUCGCCUUAUGACACACGUGGACAUGGGAGUGAAGCAGAUGGCGGCAGAGUUUCUCUUUGUCCUGUGUAAAGAAAGUGUGGACAACCUGUUGAAGUACACAGGAUACGGCAACGCAGCAGGACUCCUGGUGGCUCGAGGACUUCUCGCAGGAGGGAGGGGAGAGACUCAGUACUCUGAGGAUGAAGACUCCGAUACAGAGGAGUACAAAACUGCAAAACCUUUCAUCAACCCCAUCACCGGUCACGUCGAGGAGCCAAUGCCAAACCCCAUUGAAGAGAUGUCGGAGGAGCAGAAGGAGUACGAAGCACAAAUACUCUUCAAUAUGUUUGAAGAGUUAUCAAGGCAGAACAUGAUCCGGCCGAUGGGGGUCAGACCCGACGGGACGUUAGCACCUCUUGAGGAAACUCUCUGUGAUCCGAACGCUGGAGACUCAGGAUUAGACUCUGACUAGCGCACUGAACAUCCAGGCAGAGUUUUUUCCGGGCUGAGCUCACCGGGUCCCUCAAACACCUAAAAACUGUGUUCCAUUUCAAGAACCUGGUCCCUUUGGAGCUGAACGUGUGUGUCUUUAUAUUCAAAUGUAUUUCUGCCUCAUAUAUUACAACCUACGGUGUGUAGAUGAUUAUGUGCUUUGGUAGCGUAACAUUUAUACAUUUCCCAGUUGCUGAUUACUCCCUGAAUGCACACAAGUCAACAAUUUUCAAAAUAAGUAGUUCAAAAAUGAUCACCCAAACACACUCUUUAACAACUUAACAGUGUGAGACAAAGCAGGAUGCUUGUUCUACGCCUCAUACAAAGGUUAAGCUGUUCUGAUUAUUCAGCCUUCUGAUGAUCCGGGUCUGAACUGGGACACAACUCAUCAUGUUAGAGGAAACCACAAAGUCCUGGCCGUAGCUCAAAGCCAGAGAGAGACACCGCAGUGACAUCAUAAUGCACCUUCACUGUUUAUUUUAUUGCUUCCAUAGUUAAGUUAAGAAAAUAGUUAAAAAUAUAAGUUGUGCUGGAUCUUGUGUAUCACAUUGAAAGCGCUGUUGUUAUGGUGUAAGUGAAUCUGAAUAAUCAUUCCUUUGUGCUUUUCACAAACGUUUUUCUUAUUUAUGCUCUUAUUGUUUCUUAUAUUCACUAAUUGUUUUUUCUUAAUAAUGAAGUGCACAUUAUAAACACACCAGGAAAUCACUGUAAACUGAAAGUCUAGUGCUAGGUUUUAAAAUCAUGAGGCCUCUUUAGUGUGGACUGCAUGGUUGAGGAAUUCUAUGACUAUUUCUAUUUUUGAUUUGUGACAAAAAGAAAUGUGUAAAGCUGCAAUGAUUGUUUUCUAAAUCGUGUUCCUUUUUGCCAAAUCUGCAUGAAAUCAGUUCUCUGGAAUGUUUUUUUUUUUUAUGAAUCCACAAGUUUCCUUACUCUGAAAAAUGUGUCAUGUUGGUGUAAUUUAGGUCAAUGCACAAGCUACAAGAUCUGAUAUCAGAACCUUAAAUUCACAGCUUCUGAUUACUGAUACGUUUGAUGUUUUUGUUUUUAUUAUGGUCUAGAAAAACUGAAUAUGGCUUUAAGCAGAGAACAUGUUAAUUAAAGAAUCUGUGACAGUUAACAUGUUCAAUAGUGAAUCAUAAGCAGACAUGUCACCUGUCCUGUGUGUCAGCAGUACUUGCUGCUCACACCCACAUAAUCCAGAUCAGUGGUGAAAAAGAUCGACAUUAUCUGGACUUCUUUUAACUAAACUUGAUUCAUGGGGGUUUGCUGUGACAAAUCAAAAUAUUUACUUUACCAGCAAUGAGUAGGUCACACAUACAGAUGGGUUAUAAAUUAAAAUGGAAAAAAACAGCACAAGUGUCUUACUGAGGUGUUGCAUCACCACACACCUCCAGAACAACUUCAGUGUAAAGGCCAACAAAACGUUCACAGUUUAAUCUGCCAGUUGUUGUCUUUAGGUUUAUCCCUUUUUAUUUGUCAUGCAUCUGUAAAUCUGUUGAUUUGACCUGUAAGUUGUGAACGCCUUCUCUUUCCCCCGAUCGUUCAUCAAAUACAUUUUUUUUUUUACAAACUGUAUAUAAACACACAACUUGUUUAUCUAAUGAGGCCUCUACUGUAAUGUUAAUAAAAUGCAUGUAAGUA